GGUGUUUUGGCCCGCGUCGGUUUCCGUAGAGCAUCAGUCAUUCGCAGUGUAUGUGGCCGGCGUCGGGCGGGGUGCACGGGGAGACAGGGCGGUGACACCAUUGGACCCAGUGGGCGAGAAGUGUGGUUGGCAAUUCGGCAGGUUAAAGCUUGACAUCCUUCAUCUGCUUACUGGAGGAUUGCAAGGUUGCUCAUAAUGUCUGACAAAAGUGAACUGAAGGCAGAGUUGGAGAGAAAGAAGCAGCGUUUGGCUCAGAUAAGAGAAGAGAAAAAAAGGAAAGAAGAAGAAAAGAAAAAGAAGGAGUCUGAUCAGAAGAAGGAUGCUGCACCUCCGCAAGAAGAGUCUGAUUUGGAGAAGAAGAGGAGAGAAGCUGAAGCCUUACUCCAGAGCAUGGGAAUCACCCCUGAGCCCCCACUGGCGGUCCAUCCCCUGCGAAUAGUAACAGAGGAUACGUGUCUGUUUCACUAUUUAGUCCCUCCGCCAACGUCUCCUUCCUCUAAGUCUGUGAGCACCCCCAGUGAAGCUGGAAGCCAGGACUCUGGUGAUGGGACGACCGGAGCCAGUUCCAGACCUUCAGCUACCAUAAAGACUCUGCACUGGGACACUGACCCGUCAGUUCUUCAGCUCCACUCUGACUCCGAUCUGGGACGCGGUCCCUUGAAGUUGGGCAUGGCCAAAAUUACCCAAGUGGAUUUUCCUCCUAAGGAGACAGUGACGUAUACGAAGGAGACACAGACCCCGACCGUCACCCAGGAAAAUGAAGGAGAUGAAGAAGAGGAGGAAACUGUUACUCCAAAGCCAACAGCUGCACCUGAAAUAGAAAAACCUGCAAAGAAAGAAGAGAAAGCUGAAGCCCCGCCACACGAGCUCACAGAAGAGGAGAAACAGCAGAUUGUUCAUAGCGAAGAAUUCCAAAGCUUCUUUGACCACAGCACAAGAAUUGUUGAGCGUGCCCUGUCUGAGCAAGUCAACAUUUUCUUUGAUUACAGUGGCCGAGACUUGGAAGAAAAAGAAGGGGAAAUACAGGCAGGCGCAAAGUUAUCUCUGAACAGACAGUUUUUUGAUGAGCGUUGGUCGAAGCAUCGUGUGGUCAGCUGCUUGGAUUGGUCUUCUCAGUACCCAGAGUUGCUCGUUGCAUCAUACAACAACAAUGAGGACGCCCCACAUGAACCAGAUGGUGUGGCUCUUGUUUGGAACAUGAAAUAUAAGAAGACAACCCCGGAGUAUGUGUUUCACUGCCAGUCUGCAGUUAUGUCUGCUGCUUUUGCAAAGUUUCACCCAAACCUGGUAGUUGGUGGAACGUAUUCAGGCCAAAUCGUCUUAUGGGACAACCGAAGUAACAAGAGGACACCAGUCCAGAGGACUCCACUAUCAGCUGCUGCUCACACACACCCUGUGUACUGUGUUAAUGUGGUUGGCACACAGAAUGCCCACAACUUAAUCAGUAUAUCAACAGAUGGCAAGAUCUGUUCAUGGAGCCUUGAUAUGCUCUCUCAGCCACAAGACAGCAUGGAGUUAGUUCACAAGCAAUCGAAGGCCGUAGCUGUCACCUGUAUGUCCUUCCCAGUGGGAGAUGUCAACAACUUUGUGGUGGGAAGUGAAGAAGGUUCUGUCUACACAGCAUGCCGCCAUGGAAGUAAAGCUGGUAUAAGUGAAAUGUUUGAAGGACAUCAAGGACCAAUAACCGGGAUCCACUGCCAUUCUGCUGUGGGAGCCGUGGACUUCUCUCACCUCUUCAUCACCUCCUCUUUCGACUGGACAGUAAAACUGUGGACAACAAAGAAUAACAAGCCAUUGUAUUCGUUUGAGGACAACUCUGACUACGUUUAUGAUGUCAUGUGGUCCCCCACUCAUCCAGCCUUGUUUGCUUGUGUGGAUGGAGUAGGGCGACUGGAUUUGUGGAACCUCAACAAUGAUACAGAGGUCCCUACCGCAAGCAUUACAAUUGAGGGGAACCCAGCUCUCAAUCGGGUCAGAUGGACUCAUUCUGGUAAAGAGCUCGCUGUGGGAGACUCUGAAGGACAAAUCUUAAUCUAUGAUGUGGGAGAGCAAAUUGCCGUGCCCCGAAAUGACGAAUGGACCCGCUUUGCAAGGACACUCGCAGAAAUCAACGCCAACAGGGCUGACGCAGAGGAGGAGGCUGCAAACCGCAUUCCAGGCUAAAUCUAUACUAUUGUGUGAUGUCGGGGACAGCCGCACUGACCUAAUAUGCCCUCCAGAGCUAUAGCAUGUAUCUGUUCAAAAGAUAAUUUAAGAAGCCGUAUGUGGGUAGGAUCUGUGGACUACGAUAUUUUAUAAACUUCAUUGCAACCAAAUGCAGUGUCCCUUUUUAUUUGUACCUCCACGUCUGUCCUCCUGUCCUCCCUUUUCUAUGUGUAAUAAUAGUUUGCCUCUAGCUGACUGGUAUACCCUUUUACUCACGGACAAGCUGGCCCAUGUAUUUCCAGUUUUUAAAGAAAAUCCAUCUACCUUACUAAUGUAAAUCAUAUUUUUUAACUCAAAGCCUAACCCCUCAGGAUAGCACUAUUGUUAGGGCUGUGUAUGUGCACAAUGGUUUACCAUGGUUUCAGCACUUACAACAAUCUACCGCAUGCAGUGGACACUUUUAUGUUAAUACCUUUACCUAGUCUGCCAUUUUAUUAAAGGAAAAUGUUUCUAACUUGA